AUGGACAUCGAGCAAUUCAGAAAGGCCGGUUAUCAGGCUAUUGAUCGUAUCUGCGAUUACUUCUAUUCUCUCGAAUCUAAGCCGGUCGUUCCUUCAGUUGAACCUGGCUACUUGAGCAAACUCGUCCCCCGGCAUGCACCCGAAGAGGGGGAAGACUUCGGCAAGAUUGCUGACGACUUCAGGGAUCUCAUCUUACCAGGUCUGACACCUUGGCAACAUCCUUCCUUCUUUGCUUACUUCCCGACCGCUUGCACCUAUGAGAGUAUCCUCGGCGACCUGUACGCUAGCAGUGUGGCCAAUCCUGGAUUCAAUGCAAGUUGGUCUGCCAGCCCUGCAUGCACCGAACUCGAGGUCAUCGUGAUGGACUGGGCCGCGAAAUUGUUCGGUCUGUCCCCGGAUUUCUACAACUCGUCUGAGGUCGGUGGUGGAGUGAUCCAGACUACGGCUUCCGAUUCCUGUCUUGUAGCCGUAGUUGCAGCGCGCUCUCGUUACCAGAGAACACACCCCGACGUCAAGAUGGAGGAAUUGGUCAUCUACACCACCACACAGACUCAUGCACUUGGAAAAAAGGCUGGUUUGAUCUUGGGGUUGCAGGUCAAGUCCUUGGAGGUGGACAGCACGGACGAGUUUGGUCUCCGAGGAGAUAGCCUGAGAACAGCCCUGAAGGAAGACAUUGCCGCUGGUCUCAAGCCCUUCAUCUUCAUCGCCACUGUCGGAACCACGUCUUCCGGUGCCAUCGAUAACCUCAAGGAGAUCGGUCCCAUCCUCCAGGACUUCCCCGAUGUCUGGCUCCACAUUGACGCCGCCUGGGCUGGUGUUGCCAUGUCCUGCCCCGAGUACAGAGAGUCGCUAGGUCUCAACGAAAUUAACCAAUACGCUACCUCUUAUUGCACCAACUUCCACAAAUGGGGCCUGGUGAAUUUUGAUUGCUCGGGACUUUGGAUCAGGGACAGGAAGCUCCUGACCGAUGCUUUGGACGUCACGCCUUUAUACCUGAGGACAAAGGAGGCUGACGCAGGGACUGUUAUCGACUACCGCAACUGGCAACUGAGCCUGGGGAGACGCUUCCGUUCCCUCAAGGUCUGGUUCGUUCUCCGAAGUUAUGGUGUUUCCGGCUUCCAGAAGUAUAUCCGCGAUUGCAUCGAGAAGAACAAGGUUUUCACCAAGUUGGUCGCUAAGUCGGAGGCCUUCGAGAUCGUCACCGAGCCUGCACUCUCCUUGACCGUGUUCCGCGUCGUUCCCAACCAGAAGAGCACCACAAAACCGUCAUUGGAAAGCCUGAACUCCCUGAACGCAUCCUUCUUCAGCAUCGUUUCUGCUCGAAAGGACCUCUUCGUCACUCAGACCAGUCUCAACGGCAUGAACUGCGUCAGAUUCGUCGUUGGUUCUGCAAGAACCACGGACGAACACGUCCACAAGGCUUUCUAUGUAUUGGAGUCCGAAGCAAAGAAAGCUUUGGCUUCUUGGUCGCAAACACCCAGAGAGAUCACUCAAUGA